AGACUUUACCGGGAGCAGCUGCAGUGAGAGUCCAAUGUCAUCAUCACCGGCAACACGGGGAGGAGAAACCGAAACAACGAGCUAAUUCUGGAUCAUGAGGAUUAGAGAGGGUCUGACUGGAGAGAAAAACCAGGCCUGGAAUGUGAGAGCUGAUGGAAACAUGGGUGCAGCGGACGGGAUGGAGCUCUCAUGUUUUCCGUUGUUGAGCUGCUGAAGUGGCUGAUGCCUUCAGGGAUUGUCACAGAACUGGUUACCUUCCAGUACAGCCCUCAUCAGACUCAUCUUUUAUCCUCUGCACCGUUCCUCACCCCUCCUCUUCAACCAGAGUGUGCUAUUUGUACACAGGAAACUCCCCAAGGCUACUGUAGGACCCUGUGAACCUCUGGAGAACCAACUACAGGGAUCAUGCAUCCUACUGUACCUGCCACUUCACCUGCCACUGGACCUGAGCACUGCUGAAGCUUCAGACAGUGUUAAAAGGUUGUAAGAAUCAUGUAGGACAUAAUGGAGACUGGAAGAAAUUCGCUGCUUUGUGAAUAACUAUAUCUCAAGUGGGAGCCAUGAGUUAAUCCCCGUCCAGUCUGGGCGCCUUCCGCAGGAUGACCGCAGUCUGCCCUGUGGACAACAGCCCAGAGGAGGCUGAGAGCACCACCAAAGCCUCCAGAGAGUCCAGACCCUCAGGGAGCAGCUCUGUGACCGGAACCGACACUGUGGACUCUAAUGGAGACUCGGUACAGGGCUCAACUAAAGCUGCCGGGGGCGCUGUUCACAGGUACAGCCGCUGCAGCCAACAGGACAGCUCCGACAUCAACACAGAUGACGAGGGAGCUACGGUCCGCCGCCUCACGCCCCUGGAGAGGCUCAACCUCGACAUGUGCCAAGAUGACCGAGUGGUCCGGGAGCUGACCGUUGGAAGAAGAAUUGGCUUCUAUAAAAUCCGAGGAGAAAUCGGCUCUGGGAACUUCUCCCAUGUGAAGCUGGGGAUUCAUGCCCUGACGAAAGACAAAGUCGCCAUUAAGAUCCUGGACAAAACUAAACUGGACCAGAAAACACAGAGGCUACUGUCCAGAGAAAUUUCAAGCAUGGAGAAACUGCAUCACCCCAACAUCAUCCGGCUCUAUGAGGUUGUAGAGACCCUGUCGCGGUUGCACCUGGUGAUGGAGUACGCAGGAGGUGGAGAGCUCUACACCAAGAUCACAACAGAAGGAAAACUCUCUGACGCCAACAGCAAGAUCGUAUUCGCUCAAAUUCUGUCUGCUGUUAAACACAUGCACGAAAACAACAUCAUCCACCGUGACCUGAAGGCGGAGAAUGUGUUCUACACCAGCAGCUCUUGUGUCAAAGUGGGGGACUUUGGCUUCAGCACCCUGAGCCGCCGUGACGAGGCCCUAAACACGUUCUGCGGCUCUCCUCCGUAUGCUGCACCUGAGCUCUUCCGAGACGAGAAUUAUUUGGGCGUUUAUGUUGACAUCUGGGCGUUGGGAGUCAUGCUGUUUUUUAUGGUGAGUGGGAGCAUGCCUUUUAGAGCAGACACCGUGGCCAAACUGAAGAGGUGCAUCCUGGAGGGGGCGUACACGCUCCCUCCGUGGGUUUCAGAGCCGUGCCAGAGACUCAUCCGAGGGAUUCUUCAGCCAAUCCCAAGUGACCGCUGCACAGUGGAGCAGAUGAUGGGAUGUGAGUGGUUGCUACCGGUGGACUUUCCAAGAGCCAUGGAGCCAUUCAAACUGGACCCAUCGUACUUGGCAGAGAGUGAACCGUCUGAACUGACAGAUGAGGAGAGGGAUGUGAAAGCAUCAUUAGAAACAUUAGGAAUCACAUCAGAACAUAUCCUAAACAACCAGGGCAAAGAUGGUCGCAGCUCCAUCACGGGGGUGUAUAGGAUCCUGCUGCACCGGGCCCAUAGGAAGAGGGCCGUGGACACUGUGCCUAUAGUCCCCCAAGUCCCCCCCAACGCCAACAAGAAAGAGAGACUAAAAGUAUACCGGAGUUUACGACACACGUCCAAACUUUGUGUCAUUCUGUAGAGUCUCUGCUUGGAAACAAAUGUCUAGACCAUGGUAGCAUGAUGUUGAGUAGAAAAUCCAGCAUUGCAGUCUAGCAGUAUAAAAACAUACUAAGGUUGAAUUAUUCCACAGCUUCUGAAAUCUGGGAUUUCAUAACUUUUAUAGUAACUUAACUAGUCUCUGUGAGAAUGUUGAUUAUGGUUCGUCGAUUUUGUCUUGUGACAAAAAGAACAUCCAUAUCACAACACAAACAGCCUAUUUAUUAUUAUUAAGUUAAAGCCUUAUGCUUCAUCAGCCAAUUAUCAGCAAGUUGCUACAAUAAAGACUCUGUGUCUUCUGUUUUAUGGUUAUGAGAUCAGUUAAAACACAGAAUAAUUACAUUAUUGUGAGGUUUACUGGUUAAACAUGUUUAUAUUUACCUGAUGUCAUGUCCAUGCCCAUCCUAAAUCCUAAUAAACG